UUCAAAUGCUGUCCAAUCACAGGAUGCGCUGUUAGACGUAGAAUAUCGAAACAAAUAUGGCAGCCCGCUGAUGGGCACACUGUGUGAAGGUUGCUGUUAAUUUGAAAUGCCGUAACAAAAACACUGUAACCAUGCUUGGCCUGACAAUUAGUGAGGUGUCUUUGGCACUCAGGCAGGGAAGAAUCUCCCCAACAGAGCUUUGUAGGAAGUGUCUGAACCGCAUCAGGAAAACACAACAUCUUAAUGCUUUCAUCACUGUGACGGAGGAGUCAGCGCUGAAGCAGGCUCAAGAAGCAGAAACCAGACUGCUGCAAGGUGCCCCAAAAGGUCCGCUGGAUGGAAUCCCCUUUGCAGUCAAGGACAACUUCUGCACAGAAAAUAUAAAGACCACUUGUGCUUCCAGGAUGCUGAAAGGCUACAUCCCACCCUACAAUGCUACAGUAGUCCAGAAGCUCUUUGACCAAGGGGCCGUUCUCGUGGGGAAGACCAACAUGGAUGAGUUUGCUAUGGGUGCAGGCAGUACUGAUGGGGCUUUCGGUCCGGUGCGAAACCCCUGGAGCUAUGCUGUUCCAUACAGAGAGCAGACAGGGGCAGAACCAGACUCUGACUGGGUCAUUGCUGGAGGAAGUUCAGGAGGAAGCGCUGCAGCUGUGGCAUCACUCACCAGCUACCUGGCUUUGGGUUCAGACACCGGUGGUUCUACUCGUAACCCUGGAGCGCUGUGUGGUGUCGUGGCGCUGAAGCCCACAUACGGUCUGCUGUCCAGGCAUGGUCUCAUCCCCCUGGUCAACUCCAUGGACGUCCCUGGCAUUGUGACUCGUAGUGUUAACGAUACAGCCAUUGUCUUAGGUGUGCUCCAAGGUCUUGAUGUUAGAGACUCUACAACAAUUCCUGCACCUUCAUCGCUGACAGAUCUACCUGAAGACUUUGAUGCCAAGAACAUCUGUGUAGGCAUCCCCAAGGAAUACCAUGCCCCAGGGCUGUCUGAAGAGACUGUGGCACAGUGGCGUCGCGUUGCUGACAUGUUUGAGAGGGCGGGGGCGCGGGUGGAGCAAGUAUCCCUCCCCCACACUCAGCACUCCAUUGUGUGCUACCAUGUCCUGUGCUGUGCUGAGGUGGCGUCUAACAUGGCCCGUUUUGAUGGCCUGGAAUACGGUCACCGUAGUGCCGUGGACAGCUCAACAGAGGUCAUGUACGCCUCCACCCGACAUGAGGGCUUCAACGACGUAGUGAGAGGAAGGAUAUUGUCUGGGAACUACUUCCUGCUCAAACAGAACUACCAGCGCUACUUUGUAAAGGCUCAGAAAAUCCGCCGGCUGAUUGCGAAUGAUUUCAAGCGUGUGUUCAGCUCGGGUGUAGACGUGCUGUUGACGCCCACCACUCUGACUGACGCAGCCUGUUACUCCAACUUCACACAGGAAGACAACCGAACUCGCAGCACACAGGAAGAUGUCUUUACCCAGCCUGUCAACAUGGCAGGUCUCCCCGCUGUUUCUGUGCCAACUGCUUUAUCAAGACGGGGCCUUCCCAUUAGUUUGCAGCUUAUCGGUCCCGCUCUCCAAGACAAGAAGCUGCUAAGUGUUGCCCAGUGGAUUGAGCAGAGGGUUGGGUUUCCCUCCAUCAGUGACUAUGGGGAGUCCAGGGAGAGCAAUAAUGACACAGGAAUGACCAAAAGGGAGCAGACCUCAGCUGUGUGAGAACUGUGGACAAGACACAGUGGACUGUGCCAUACAUAUGAUGGACAGUUUGUGUCUGUCUCUUGGCCGAUCAGUCAUCCACCACUUAGGUCCAGACUGAGAUAUCUCCACAAUUAUUGAAAGGAUUGUCGUGACAUUUUGUACAUUCGUUUGCUUAGAGUAAUCCCCUUACUUUUUCCUCUAACACCACUGUGGGGAUGAUAUUUUUGAUUUUUGGUGAAAUGUCUCAUCAACAGUGUGCCCUGGUAGUUCACCCUGUAGAGCUCUGCAUCGUGUACUGCAGCCUGGUCCUCAGAACGGUGCCCCAGGUCUGGUUAAAGCCCAUGCCCUUUACUACAUCAACUCUCUCUCCCCCUUUCCUGUCUCUCUUGGGCUGCCACUAUCCAAAAAAAGGCAAAUUAAAAUAAAAACAACAAAAAACACGUCUUAAAUGGACAAAAUUUGGAAGAUGAAUUGAUAUUCAAAACCCCAGAAUACUCGAUUUGCUGUAGCUGAAGAUAAAGGAAAGCAGCAAAGCCUCACAGAUUUCUUGCUAAUUUUUGGUAUUUUUAGCCCUGUUGGCGGCUUGACUCUGGUGCUGCAAGUGUUGGUGUGACAGUCAGUUCAUCAUAGCACAGUGACCACAGGAUGAAUUAUAAUACAUACAUACAUUUAUACAUUAAUCGGUAUCCAUGUCAAGAAAUCAUUAUAAUCUUAGAAUAAGUUUUGUCUCCUUCCUUUUUUCCAUUCUAUUUGGAACAGUGUUGCAAGGGGUCCUACAUCCCUUGCUAGAACACCGUCUUUGACAAAACAUAUACCACAAGUCCCCAUCUCAAAUUUCACCAAAUUACAUGUAUCGACAUUUUACAAAGACAAUUUUCUGCAAGUAUAUGAAUGUUGGAAGAAAGAUUUAUUGCAGAAGAUUUGGAUAACAAUUUUUCAUCACACCAAGAUACUCUUGGAACCAUUUUAGCUCCUGAAAUACUAAAGCUGUACACAUUAAAGUGUUGGGAUCAGCUCAAGUGAAACCAGUCAGUAAUCCAGUCAGCCAAUUACAGUGCUGGAAAGUGGUCUAAACUAAGGUGCUACCCCGAGUGCUCACCGAGUCUGCUAUAGCCUGUUCUCAGUUGACUUCAAGCUUACAUAAUCCUGAGCCGUCGCUCUGCAGGUGGUAACAUAUACUUGUCCUGUGAGAAGUUGUGAUACUGCAGUUUAGCAAUGAUUUCAAAAUGUGCAGAGGCAAGACAAGUACUUCCUCUUUUCUCUGUAUCAGUGUGAAAAUAGCUUUGAUCUGUAAACUCUACUUAUAAAUUGCAGUGAUCAUACUUCCUUUUCAGUUCAGUUCAAUUUAUUUAUAUAGCACCAAGUCACAACAAAAGUUGUCUCAUGACACACAAGUUAGAGCAGGUCUAGACCAAAUGCCAACAAAACUCCCAUGAGAAAGCACUUCCUUUUUGUAUUUUCAUUUUCAUCGUUUGAAUAUUCUUAUUUCACAUCACUUUGAUGGACCACAUAAGUUUGGGUGAAAGUAAUCUUGUUUUCAGUUAUUUUGAACAAUUUAAUGUCUUUAGCUUGAAACAAUAAGCAACAAUAAGGUUGUUGCUCUAAAAUCAAUUAAAAUAACAUUUGAAAAAUAUAUCUGCUUCAU